UUCUACGCUCUUGUACACAGAUGUAGGUGGAGCGAGGGAGGCGACAGAACAGCCCUGUCAAGAAGUUUUUAGUCUCCUCUGUCGUGUUUGUAGCGUCUUUUAGCCGAAAGGAAAAAAAACAAACUACAGAUAAACAGGGCUGUCGAAGGAGAAGCGUGAGUCUGACUCGGACACAGCCAUGGAAGGUGUGUAUCCAUGGGGCCUGACCCCACUCAACCCAGUCCAAACAGCAAACCCCUUCAUAGAGAUCAUUGAGCAGCCAAAGCAGAGGGGGAUGAGGUUUAGGUAUAAGUGUGAAGGGCGUUCGGCCGGCAGCAUCCCCGGAGAGAAGAGCAACGACACCACUAAGACUCACCCAGCCAUAAAGGUGCACAACUACAACGGUCCCUUGCGUGUUCGUAUCUCAUUGGUAACAAAGAAUGCUCCACACAAGCCUCACCCCCACGAACUGGUUGGUAAGGACUGCAAACAUGGCUACUACGAGGCCGACCUGCAAGAAAGACGAAUACACAGUUUUCAGAACCUGGGCAUACAGUGUGUGAAGAAAAAGGAUGUGAAUGAGGCCAUAACUUGCAGGUUGCAGACCAAUAAUAACCCCUUCAACAUUUCAGAGGCGAAGGUGUGGGAAGAGGAGUUUGACCUGAAUUCAGUUCGGCUUUGCUUCCAGGCCUCCAUCACUCUGCCUACAGGGGAGCUGUUUCCUCUGGAGCCUGUGGUAUCCCAGCCCAUUUAUGACAACAGGGCCCCUAACACAGCUGAGCUGAAGAUCUGCAGAGUCAACCGCAACUCUGGAAGCUGCAAGGGAGGGGAUGAAAUCUUUCUACUGUGUGACAAAGUACAAAAAGAGGACAUUGAGGUGCGUUUCUUCCAGGACUCCUGGGAGGGAAAGGGCACUUUCUCCCAGGCCGAUGUCCACAGGCAGGUGGCCAUCGUGUUCCGCACGCCGCCCUACCGCGACACUAAUCUCACUGAGCCCAUUAGAGUCAAGAUGCAGCUCCGCCGGCCCUCUGAUCGCGAGGUUAGCGAGCCAAUGGACUUCCAGUACCUGCCCGCUGACCCAGAUGAAUACAGACUGAGUGAGAAGAGAAAGCGUACAGGAGACAUGUUCCAGAGCCUGAAGCUUGGGCCCAUGCUGUCUAGCGUGUCCAUUCCACAAGAUAGACGGCACAUCAGCCCAGCGAGGAGAACAGUCACAGCCAAGCCUCCAUCAAUGAACCCACAAGCUGCAGCUGUGGUGCCCCCUAGUGCUAGUGCAGUGAAACCCCAGCCCUCCUACUCAUACAAUCAGCCAGGCCAGAUCUUCUCAGUCCAGCCUAAGGCAGAGGCCUCCUCCUCCAUCUCAGCUGCGACUACAAACCAAACAUGGAAGAUCAUGGAGAGCCUGAAGCUGGACACCCGGCCCAAAGCCACUCCAGUGACCAACUUCACAAUGAGUCAGCCGCCUUCCUCCUCCUCCUCCUCCUCCACCACCACCACCUCCAGCGCCAACCAGGACUACUCAACUGUCAACCUGUCAGACCUUCAUGAAUUCUUCCCUAACAUUUCCUCGGCUAUGGCCCAGGAGCCCACAGCUUCUCAGGGAAGCACAGUUUCCUCACAGGCCAGCACCUCCUUCACCCUGCAGAGCUCUCAGUUCCGGGUGGACCCACCAAUUGUGGAUGAUGAUAUCCCAGAGUUCCCUAGCUUUCCCGAAGCCCAAGCCCCAGGCACCCUGGACAGCCUAAACAUGGAUGACUUUGAGGACCUUCUGAACCACCGCCUCAUGAGUGAGGGUGGAAAUGUCGCCUCAAUGUUGGCCCAAGCUCCAUGCCAACAAGCUGCCCCUCCCACCUCCUCUACUGCUGCCCAAAGCAACACAGUAUCCCAGAACACUUCUGACCCUGCCAGCAACCCAGGAAGCACCUGGAUGAAUUACCCCAACAGCAUCGUCAGCUUGCUCCAGAACGAGAGCAUGAUUGACAUUGCAUCCAACAACAGCCACCGGGCCCCUGUGCUGGAUGAGUUUGACGAGCUGAUGUCUGCUGACGAGGAUCGUCUUAUUUCCAUUUUCACAGUGAAAGCCAAGCUGGGUUUGUGUCAGGACACCCAACCUAAAGCUUGCCCACGCAAUUUUUUUUACAGACAUGUUCACAUAGACCACGUGUACUGACCGUUUAGCCUUCAGAACUAAAAUUCCUUUCCACAAGGUGGAUAUGAAGGGCUGGAGAAGACAGAAUGUAGCAAAACAGCUCACUGUGGACAUGCUUAUUGAAAUACCAGCAAAGACUAUUUAUGGUUUUCAAUUAGUGGAUUUUACCAGGCUUUAUAUACAGUUUGUCUGACAAAAUGAUAAAACACAGGACAGAGUAUAAUCAGAUUUUAUUGCCCUUGUUAAGCCUAUGUUUAGCAGCAGUCAUUUAUUGUUUCAGCCACUGUGUCAACAUAAUGGUGGAAGAUUUAUCCACCAGCAAAUGUUUGUUUUAAAAAGACGAUCAGAUGUCCUUGUAACAAUUCUGGUAACUCUGCUCAGUGUUAAUUGAUUAUCACUGUCUUUAAGUGAAAUGUGUAAGUUUAGUCUACCUUUUUAUUUCAAACCAAGCAACUGGUAUAUGUCAUUAAGAAUUUAAUCUGAUCUAGAGGCAAGUUGAUGCAAAUUAUGUUUAUUGACCAUGAAGUACUUUUUAACUUAGCAGAUUUUUUUCUGAAGGUGGGCCUGAACUGUAACCAUACUGGUGCCUUUGUUGAGAGUCUCAACAAAACGUAGUAAUGUUUCAAUAGCCAAAUGAAGGUCUCUAUGUAAAUAAUUAUCAAACAAGCAACAUUAAGUACAUGCUUAUAGCAGAGAAGUGUAAAAGGGGUUCAUGCAUCACUCACAGAGCUGUACUGGAUCUUGUUUUCUGUCUGGUGGUAAAACAUCUUAUUGUUCUCUAAUCAGUUUUUUGAGUUCUUUUAUGUAUAUGGCUGCCAUUUAACUCAACAGUUCAGACCUGCUAUACUAGUUAAAUUAGCUUUAUUGAGAUGGCACUAUGCAGUUUUGUAUUCAUAUAAUGUCAGCAGAUUGUACUAUAUGCAUUUUUUUUGCUGUUAUGAAUGAAUUCUGUUGAAAUCCAGAAACACUUUUCUUUGCAAUAAAAAAAAAUCAGUAUACAAA